AUGGCCACCGAGAUGUGUCGCACUGGCUUUCGCUCCGUGUACCUACCACAACAUAUUGUGGUGCUCGUCCAUGGCAACAAUGGUUCUGCCGCAGAUUUUGACGCUAUGGAAACAUCAUUGCUGACUAAGUUCGGUAAGCGACAGAUGUUAAUUAUCAAGGCUCGGUCUAAUGAGCUAGACACUUCAUUGGGUGUGGAUAUUGGUGGCGCAAGACUUGCCAAGGAAGUCGUGGAAGCGGUGUUUGAGUAUGAUUUGUGUCCUAUCGUGACAAAGUACAAACUCUCGGUCGUCGGUCAUUCGCUUGGCGGACUCUAUGCACGAUACGCCCUUGUUUCGAUCAUGGACGCACUGAGCUGCCUCCACGUUGAAUAUAUCGAUUUCGUCACAAUUUGCACGCCUCAUUUGGGCUCGAGACGGGCGAGGGGACCAUCGACCAUGAAGAAUAUCCUUCGUCUGGGAGUGCAUAAAGUACUUGCGUCGCAGAUAUUUUACGGACGGACAGGCAUUGACCUUUUGCUAAAUGUACAAGAACAGCAAGAAGGAGUUACAGAUGCCGAUGCUGCGGAGCCUGCACGCCCCUUAUUAGAAGUGAUGAGCGAUCCUGAUUCUAGGUUUGUCCGCUCGCUCAAGCGCUUUCAACACGGCACGUUGGUAGCUAUGACCGAUGGUGACGUGGUAGUGCCGUAUCCCUCGGCUUCCAUGCGCAACAACAGUCCUUACGUUAGCACUUUCUUGACGGAACGCUACACGGACUGGCAAUGGCAUAUCCACCACUCUGGUUUCGCAGAAGAUGCUGGGAUUUGUGGUACCCACCCUGCUUAUGUAGCAUUUUUGGAUCGACUUAACUCGAAGGUCGAUAGUUCGAUUGAAAUUGAGGACAUCAAAUUGGGGCUCGACGCAAGCUGCACACCAAGGUAUCCCAGCAUUGAAGGUUUUGACUGUGACAAUAAACAAGAGGUGGAGUUUCCACAUGAGAUGCUUUGCAGUCUACAACAGGUGCUUCCGUGGCGACGCAUUGACGUGACAGUGGAGCCCGGUGGCAUGAUGGGCAAAAUGCGUCUGCAUGACUGGCCUAUCAGCAAGAUGCAACCUCCUGACUGCCGUGCAGACGAGUUCAUCGAUCUACUAUGUGAUAUGAUUGGAGCCGAUCACGAGAUGCGUCCUAUAGCAACACCGGAUACCGAUAAGAAGUUGCAUGAACAUUCUGCGCUUGCAUUAGCCCGCCGCCUUUAA